AAAAGCGAAGCAUCCCAGUGUAGCUUGUUCCGUGAGUGUUGUUUUAUUUUGAAAGGACAAGCCGGAAGCUUGGCCCUUUAUGCUCUGAACUUGACCACAUGGGUUAAGAGCGCCGGAGAAAACCCAGCAGACUUGCAGUCGGUACAUGAAGAGAGGACAUAAAACAAGACAUUGAAGUUGUUUUAAUUUGAACGAAUCAUCACUUUGGAGGGAAGACUUCAGCUGGAGAGCCUGUGGAGUGGAGCGUCUCUGCAGAUUAGAUUAGAUUAAAAUCAGCUGUUAAACAAUGAAGUACGGACCGGUGGUUCUGACGGCUGGACUCACAGGUUUGCUGAGCUUCAGCCUCCUCGCUGUGGCUAUUGGGACUGAUUAUUGGUACAUAAUCGAUGUGAAUAAGCCCAACCACACCGGUCCGGAUGACCUGAGCUCACACUCUGGAUUAUGGAGGAUCAAUGAAGGUGUUUUCACCCUGACGGGGGUCAGCAUCUACAUCAGAUACUCCAAUCAGGCCAUGGAGGAGUUCCAGCGAAUCGUGCCCCCUGAGAAUCUAAUUUACGUCCAUGUGUCAUUUGGCUGGUCCUUGGCCACCGCGUGGCUCUCCUACAGCCUGGAGGUGACCACUGGUCUGCUGCUGCUGCUGGCUGCCAGGAUCAUUCAGAUGAAGGGGCAUUAUGAUUCUGGUGUAGCGAUUACCGUGUUAUAACAAACCCUGCGGGCUUUAUUUAUUUAUUUAUUUAUUUAUUUUAUAUAUCCUUAUUUAUUAAUGGCAAACAAGGUCACAAGAAGCCAGGCAGGUCAAGAGCCAGGAGUGCAGAAUACAGCACAAGCUGGCUCCAUAACUGCAAGCAGACACACAAAGAAGCUGAUUAAAGGAUUUUGUGGAACAUCUGCUUCAUUGUGAACACGGUGCAGUGUGAUGCCUUUCAUCUUCUUGCUGUAUUAUUUUCCUUCCCCUGACCCAGCCUGUAGAAAUGCUGAGGGAUGUGGUCAAACAAAACAAGAAAAUGAAGCGGACCAGGAUAAUUACAGCAGAGCAGUAUUUAUUCACCCCCCACCAUCACCCCCAACCCCUCCUUUAAAUGUAUCAGCGCAGGAUGUGUCAGCCUUGUUGCUAUAUAACCAUGUAACUGGGUUUAUUUCUGCCAUAUGAAGACAGGCAUUCGGGGGAAUGGGUUUGUUUUCAU